AAAGGUCAUCAGUGUUCUGGAGCCGCCUUGUCACUAUCUCAAGGCCAUGAACUGCAGCGAUAGCCAAUGGCUGCAAAACCUCUUGAACCACCUGCUGCUUGAGCUGCACCAUCAGGCCAGCUGCCUGAACGCUGGCUCCGACUCUACCAUGGGCGUGGGGGUCGUGCCUGACCCUUUCGGGGGCCGGGAGGUGACCAGCGCCAAGGGCGACGAUGACUAUCUCUACAUCCUGCUCAUCAUGAUCUUCUACGCCUGCCUGGCUGGAAGCUUUGUCCUGGCCUACACUCGCUCCCGAAAGUUCCGCAAGGACAAGGAGGAGCCAUCCCAGACCUGCACCGCCUUGCCCCAAUGGGCCUCUGGGGGUGCCCUGGCCACAAACGCCGAGACUGCCGCGGGCUUCCUGGCUGAAGGCCGCCCACUGUUUGCCCCUGAGUUGCUGCUUGCCUUCGACCAGGGCGCAGAGGGGGUCUAG